AGUUUAUUUGUGGGAAACAAAAAGGUAUCUAUAUUGUUAUGAAUGAUUGAUGUUUGCUUGAAUUAUAUUCCCAAAAAAUCCUCAUCUAUUCUGUUUUAAUUGUGCAUGCAGUUGGAACGCGAAGUAUACAAGGCCUUCUGUGAGAUGCCCGUAAUUAUUGAGAUGUUCAAACCCUUUAGUGAAGAUUACAUGAGGAGAAUAAAUGAAGAGAGUUUAGAUUUAGAGAUAGGUGUAAUUGAUGACGUAUAUAUGAUCGAUGAUCUUUAAUUUAUGCACUUUCUAUUAAUAGCAAUUACAAUUAAAUGCUACAAACAUUUUAUUUCAUGUAUUUGCCUUAAAUUUUUUUUUUUUAAUCUUAAUUUGUUUUUUGUUUGUCAAAUGAAGGGUAUUGAAGAUCAAGAGACGAAGGAAAAGUUAAUGAAGAUUGAUGAAGAUUUGAUGGCCACAUUCAUUAGAAAAUGGCAAGAACUGUUCGAGAAAUUAUCUGAGGGAACUACUGAGAAGUCCAAAGACAUUUGUUUAAAGACAGUGGCGGCCCUGGCGGUCGUCCUGGUCCUCGUCUGUUUUCUGCUUCAUUGGCUCCAGUCCUUUUCUGCUUUCUUCCCUUUGCCAUUAAUUCUUCCUUGUGACACAGACAAUAGAAGGAAAUUCACUAAUUAGAGUUAGCUGAUUUCAUUAAACAAGUAAUACUUAAGCAGAUCCAAGCCUUCCUUUGCUGGUUAUAGAAAAUUAAGAAAGAUUUCAUGCUAAG